ACUGAAAGGAUUUGGUGGAGAGCAGAACAGAAAGGCUUGGCCGCAUAGAGGGAGGCGCCUUUAGUGCUCUCCUGAAACCAAAGCCUUUGAAGAUUUUUUUUCUUAAACUUCAAGCAAAGAGGACAUAACCUGAAAAGUUGGACGCAUGAGAAUGAUGUACCUUUAAAGAACAUCGUUGUGUGAAUUUUCACCGCCAAGCCAUGCUCCACAGCCGACGAGGGGCUUGCUGGGGAAAAGUGUCUGACCUCACUGGCGCGCACGCAGAUUGGACUAAAACGCAUUGGAUUGCAGGUGGGCCAAGAUGGAGGACGAGGAGGAGAGACAGACCAGGGGUGACCACCAGACCAUCAGCAGGUGCACCUUACCACCUGAGGAAUGUGAAGGUGCUGCUGUAUGUGGUUGUCUCUCUGCUGCCCCUGGUGGAGGGGGCCUGUAUGGGCGCUGGUUUGGAGGCAGACUCUGUACAGGCUGUGGGACUGGUGGGAGGGAUGGGGGAAAGGCAGCUCCCAGACACUCUACCUGAGGUGGAUGAGGAACAAGAGGAGAAGAGUGACCCGUACUCCCCCUGGCAUGGCCUCUAUGACCUCUCUGUGAUGGACGAAGUGGACGACCACCCUAGUGGCCGGUGGGGGAGACGUUCCCCUCGCAACUCCGACGCCGAACCAAAAGGCUCGGCCAAGAAAAAGAAGAGGAGGAAGAAGAAAGAGAGGGAUAGAAAGGGCAAAGGGAAGGGCCGGCAGCCCCAGCAGAGCAGCCCAGACUGCAGGGUGGAGAAACGAGAGAUGCGGGUGCGGGAUUUGGGCCUGGGCUUCGACUCGGACGAGAUCGUCCUAUUCAAGUUUUGCGUGGGCUCCUGCCAGUCGUCAAGGACCAACUACGACCUGGCUCUAAGGGCCCUGAUGGAGGACGGGUCCCUGCCGCGGAGGACCUCCCGGCGAGUCAGCGCCCACCCCUGCUGCCGGCCCGACAGCUACGAGCCCGUGUCCUUCAUGGAUGCCCACACCGCGUGGCAGACCAUCCAGUCGCUGUCGGCGGCCAGCUGCAUGUGUAUGGGCUGAGGGAGCCAGCCUGGAGGAGGGAGAAUAGGAGGGGGUGGCGACUGGCUGUCACUCACCCCUGCCUGAGAAUAUACAGAUGGUGGCUCGCCGUUGAGGCUGGGUCUAGGGAGAGCCUCUGGGUUCUGGAAGGGCAGAAGUGGUCGCUCCGAAACAUAUGCAGCGGGGCUGGUCCCCAGUACAAAGCAGAAUGGAGAUUCUGUAGUGUCUAUGAUGGUGGAGCGAGGCCACACCUCUUCCCGUUGUCAAUCUCCUGUUGAGGAUAAGUGGAUUUGUUGGCAAUGGGAAACUGUCACGAGUGAAUGCCAAGACGGUGACCACACAAUGGUGGGAUUUGAAUAUUCACAGCAGUUGGGAUAUGUAUAGGACUGACCUGGGGUACUGCUGAAAAUAUUGACUAAAAGAGGACCACAUCUCAUUGCAUUUGACCACAGGUCGACAAGCUCAAAACACUUUUGACAAUGUCAACAUACAGUAUGUUAAUUCCUUCAAAACAGAGAUCUUCCAUACUAUAAUUGCAUUUUUCAGUGUUGACUUGAACUCUACCAAAUGGAUGCCAUGCAUCUCUUUGAAUUACUGUAUUAUAACCAACAUAUUUAUCACAAAUAAGUUAUUUAUUUAUUAUUGUUUCAUAUGAGAUGGACUGUAGAUUUAUAUUUAUUGUCAUGAUCACAUAUCCUGUGGGUUGUGUUGCUGGGUCCUUUGUCAUUGAAUUGUGUGGGAUGUUGUUUUGAAACAUCAAAAAUAUCAGAAGAAGUGGCAAGAACCUCAACCAGGGUUGGGGGUGUAACGGAUUACAUGUAGCGGAUUACAUUUAGCGGAUUACAUUUAGCGGAUUACAUUUUUUAUAAACUGUAAUCCGUUACGUUAACAGCAAAAAUAUUGUUAUCAGAUUACAGAUACUUUUGAAAAAACUAAAUGAUUACCUCUAGGAUUACUUUUACCCCAUUCACGCCCUUGUACUAUAUUUAGUACAAUAUCAAAAUGCACCACUGAACUAAUUCUGUUUGGUGUAAAUGCAUGAAAUGUGGUGUCAACAUAGUUACUGCAAGUGUCUAGACAGGACACGUUGAAAUGUGGCGUCAACAUAGUUACUACAAGUGUCUAGACAGGACACAAAUAACGACAAUCAAAAUUGGGAUUUUGAGAAAAUCUGAAAAAGUAAUUAGUAUGACUAUGUAUUUUGAAAUACAUUUCAGAAUGAAAUAGUUGAAAAGCAUAUAUUGUUGUUAUGUGACCUGUUCAAAGCCCAAAUAUAUGAUUCAACUCAUUGUUGUUCGUAAACUACAGACGUUUCUGUAUCGUACAAUAGUUCCUCUUUGGUCAAGUCAUGUGAAUGUUCAAUGUUCAUGAUCAGAUCUUUAUUUAAUUUAACUUUUAUUUAACUAAGCAAGUCAGUUAAGAACACGUUUUUAUUUGCAAUGACGGCCUACCCCAGCCAAACCCUAACCGGGAUGGGCCAAUUGUGCGCCGCCCUAUGGGACUCCCAAUCAUAACCGGUUGUGAUACAGCCUGGAAUCGAACCAGGGUCUGUAGUGACACCUCUAGCACUGAGAUGCAGUGCCUUAGACUGCUGCACUACUCGGGAGCCCCAUCUUAAUAAUGUUUGGUAUAUAGAUUUUCUGGACCAAUAUAUAAAUCUAAAAAAAAUAUCUAAAGACAUCCCAGUGGUGGAAAAAGUACCCAAUUGUCCUACCUGAGUAAAAGUAAAGAUACCUUCAUAGAAAAUGACUCAAGUAAAAGUCGCCCAGUAACAUCCUAUUUGAGUAUAAGUCUAAAAGUAUUUGGUUUUAAAUAUACUUAAGUAUCAAAAGUAAAUGGAAUUUGCUCAAAGAUACUUAAGCAUCAAAAGUAAGAGUAUAAAUAAUUUCAAAUUCCUUAUAUUAAGC